AUGGCACCAAAGCUUAGUGGCAAAAAAGAAGGGUAAUGAGCAUUAAAUUUUAUCACUUUAUCAUAUCUGAAAUGUUUAAGUUUCAGGUCUUUUGCGUAUAGGACGGUGAGAGACAGAUGGCCGCAAAUUAUCACUAAGUUGGUCAACGAUCUGUCAACCAACAAAAGGGCAAUCAUAGAAAUGUACGGCCCGGAAGCUGACGAGGAUGUCCGGGCGAUUCUGGAGAAGUUUUCAAGACUUCGGUAUCGGAUCAUGACCGAUAAAUCGCUAGACACGUUGAAUGACAACGAAGACGAUGUUCACGAGUGGAACGAGUUUCUUCUCAACAAUCGCACGCGCGAAAUUGUAAGUUGAAACAUUAAUAUUUGCGGACUUAUCAGAGCCGUUUAAGCCUGAUGACGUCGAACAACUGACUUGGUUUGGGGGACCAUGGCUGUUUGUGGAAUGCUUCCUUUACCGUUACAUCUACGGAGCAUUUGCCGCAACUCGCAAAUUGAAAAAAAUGGAUUACUUCGAGGACAGCAAAAGAACGAACUUUAACGAUCAGUUAGGAAAUUUGUGAUUGUGAAAUCAAACAUAUUUUUUCCAGUCUCGAGCAGAUCGAAGAAUCCUCUGCGUUUAUCAUGAAGAUCUCUGCAGAAGAUGCUCCUGUGCACGAGCUGUUCGGAAUCAACACGUUCCUCAAAAUGAGUCUUUGGGGAAACCGCGCUGAUAUGUCGCUCACCGGCGGAGAAAACGCCAUCGUGGUAAGCUAGUGAGCUCAGAUGAUUUUCAUUAAAUUCGGAAAAGUUUUCAGAGGAUGUCAGCAAUGUCAGCCAGCUCUAAACUCGCCGAGUUUGUUCUUGUUGAUGACGUCAAUGAAUUGAUCGUCAAGGUGUUGGCCCCGUUGCUCAUGAACCCCGAGAACUACUCGACUCGCCGCAUUGACAUAAUUCUGGAUAAUGCCGGAGUGGAGCUUGCCGGCGAUUUCGUGCUUGCCGAAUUCCUGAUUUCGAGAGGAUAUGCGGAUAAAGUUGUAAUGCAUGGCAAGAUGAUGCCCUGGUUUGUCAGCGAUGUCACCGAACGAGACUUCGAAUGGACUUUGCUCGCAUUUUCGCGAGCUGGAGUGGAGAGCGCGCGAUUCGGUGAAAGACUCAAGAAGCGUGUCGCUGACAAUCAAUUGGAGUUUAAGACUCACAAGUUCUGGACUUUUCCCCACGCUUACUACAAAAUGGAGGAGGUGGCUCCAGAUCUACAUUCAGAGUUAAAAACUGUAAGCAAACAGCGAAAAACAGCUCAACCUUUAAUGUUCUUAUUUUUCAGUCUUCAUUGGCCAUCUUCAAGGGUGACCUCAACUAUCGUAAGCUGGUCGGUGACCGUGAUUGGGAUUGCUUAACUUCAUUCAGCAAAGCUUGCCGCGGAUUUGCUCCGUGUCCGUUCUUUGCGCUCAGAAUAUUGAAAGCUGAGACUGUAGCCGGACUGAGCAAAAAAGUACUUGACGACAUUCUUAUGGUUCGUUCAGAAUUUUUGAAGUCUAUUAAUACAGUUUUUUUUUCAGAAAUUCGACGAAGACAACGGUUGGAUGAUUUCUGGAACUUACGCAGUCUGUCAGCUCGGAGGUAUCUGA